AUGGGCAACAACCCCAUUCUGCUCGUCCUCGCAAUCUCUGAUGCUUUCGGCAAGCCGACGCCUAGUAUCUUGGCCUCGUGGGCCUCAUCCGAGAGCCUCGCCGCCAUAGGGAGAGUCAAAAAGUCUUUCACAUCCGCCCUGUGAGAUAAGAGGUUAGCUGAAUCCUUCGACAAAUAUCUUGGGUCGACCAUCCUCUGUGAUCAAAACGCUCUCAUGAUGAAACCAUGUGCAAUUUCACUCACGGCCGGACCUGAUCGGCCGCUUGCCGCGGCACAAAAGCUGAGCUUGGACCGAAUGAUGCAGCUUGAGAACAGCAGCGUUUGCCGGAUCUCUGGACGACGAUGACGGUGGUGUACGUAGCGGCCCAGAAGACCUCGAGACCGGGCGGAGGCGCUGUGCUGGGCGCUUUGUUAGCUCUCGGCCACACUGACUCUGCGAACGGCGGGCACGAAGGCAAUUUGCCACCGGGCAGGAUUCCGCAGUCGUCUCGCACCUCCUGCUGCCGGUCUCGAUGUCACCAAUCUUCCGCGUUCUCCCGCGCAUCAACAAGACUACGCUGAUCGAGGAGUUGCUGCGCAAACCGCCGCAUCGAGGGCGCCGAAGAUGUCGGUAAUGAACCCGAUCGAGCCGGCAUCGCCGCCGGCCACGCCCAUCUCGUCGGCGGGACAUGCGGUUGUGAGCGCCACAUCUCAUCGAGCAACCCCUUUUCGGCCAGAGUGCGGACUGCUGUGGCCAGCGGGAUCCUUUCGCAUCUCUUCAGACAGGCGCAAAAAACAAUCGGGGAUUUUCUAGCGUGCCUUCAUGACGACUGCCCUAUUAUUGGCGAUAUCUUCUUCAUCCCAGGGAAACGGAUACGGACGCCGUCAACAAAAGGCUGCCGAUCGCAAAGACCAGCGCAAUGCUAACUUGGACCAUCCCAUGCGUGCAAUCUCUCUUGAAGGCCUGCCUCAGCUUCUGACAGACAUGCGCCCGAGAUAUCCGAUGGACGAGCUGAACCAGCCUUUUUCAGCGGCCAGCCGCAAAUCAGUGUGGGCCCACCGACAGCACUAG